ACAACGAUGUUUUGCUGUAAAGUUCCGAUUGGGCUAAACUUUAGAAUAUCCCCUUCAAAUAGUAAAUUAAAUUUAAUACAACCAACGACCAACUUUUGUAAAAUCAUUAACCAAAAUAACGCUAUAUGCAACGUCUUCAACACUAUCACGUUAGCGCCUACGCGUCUUUUAAUUCGUUGCUUCGCGCAAUGUCACGACAUCGUAUCCGACGUUAAAAAUAACGACCGUUUAUUAAAAAAGUCAUUCUUGUAACAAACGGCUUCGCGUAUCUAUCGCCCAUAUCUUUUAUAAUGUAUUCUUCAAAAUCAAUUAUUAAUUCACAACCUGAAGAAGUUUGGGCCGAAUUAAACUCAAGAUUUAUUAAUCAUGACGUCAAGUAUGAAAACGUUCUAUCCGAACAAUUGUUUACAUACCUUAACAAUAAAGCAACAGCUGCAGGUACAAACAUUGGAUAUGUUCUUGCUUCCGUAAUAACUACAGCUAAUUACUUGACCUCUAAAAAUCACGGUUCGAUCGAAAUAAGAAAUGGUUAUAGCAUUAACCUUAACACAUUUUUCUUGUUUGUUGGGCAGCCGUCUACAGGAAAGUCGCCCGCUAUUAAGAUGGCAGUUAAUCAACCAUUAAAGGCUAUUCAAGAAGAUACAGACAUUAUAUCUAACACCACCACAUCUGGCUUGACAAAGUGCCUCUGUACAAGAAAAUGUACAUACAUUGUUAAUGCCGAAAUACAGGAGUACUUGUACAAAAUAUUGAAAAAAAACGAUGAGAAUUACACUGGGGAUAUGGAGAUUCUAUCGAAGAUUUUUAGUGGAGAAAAUGUGUCUAUUCAAUUCAGUACUGAAAAUAACAGAUAUAUACCUGAAAAUUGCGCAUUGUGCAUAUUAGGUGCUACACAAAUAAAAAGCAUGGCUUUUAUUUUGUCUUUAAUGGAUAAAGGUAAUGGAUUUUUGGACCGAUUUUUAAUUAUAACGCCUCGUUCAUACCGUCCGAUGCCCAAGGAACAACAAAUCGCCCAACAAUCCUCAACAACAAUCGAUAUUAAGGAUAUUUAUGCCAACUAUGUACACAUAGAUAAUACAAUAUUCUAUUUUGAAGAAAAUGCGUUAAAGUAAGAAGAUUUUUAAUAAUUUUAAACUUUAUACAUGACAUGAUAAAUAAUCUCUUCUUCCUUUUCUUCAAUUCUAUUUCCCCCUCUUUAUUUUUUUUUUUACCAAUUUGUAUAGAUUGUACGACAACAUGGAGACACAGUUUUUGACCGAUCUAAACAACGAUCUUUUGCACGGCAGACCAACCAGCAAGUCUAAAAAACCAGAGUUAAUUCCAAAAGUUGCUGUCGCUCUACACACAGUGGAAUACUUUUAUAAUGCCCUUUUUAAUGAAGUUGAAUUUACAUGUCUACCAGAAGCUAUUUCCUUGCAAACAUUGGAACGUGCCAUAAUGUAUGUUGAAUCAAUUGAUGAACAGAAAGAAUUAUUUUACACAGUUAGUCUUUUAAAUAUUUUAUAAUUAAGUUACAGCAAAUUUGCAUUUAUUAU